CGGUAAUAAUCCGAUCUUGCACAUUCCGGUGCUCUUUAGCGUGAAAAAAAGGACGAGAACAAAUACUGACAGAACUUGUAUUUCUCUAAAGGACAUGUGCGAGAAAUUCCAUACCAGCUUUUAAUGUAAGUAAAUACAGUUGCAGAAAUAAUAAAUAUAUAGCCAUGGAACAUUCGGAUUUGGUCGCGGAGAUGGUGCACGUGGAGAGGCUGACGACGCAGGAGAGGUUGCAUCUCGCUCGUCAUCGGCGACUCCAACAACUUAAAGUUUGGCGACAAAGGGAAAAGGAAUGGCUUCGUCAUCAGACACGACACACGAGCAAUAAACGGCACAUAUUUUUCAAUGACAGUGUCAUGUUACUGGAAGCUGCAGCGAGGAAUGACAUUGAUGAAGUGAGAAGACUGCUAAAGAAGGGAGUGAAUCCGGAUUCAACGAAUGAAGAUGGUUUGACGGCGCUUCAUCAAUGUUGCAUUGACGACAACGAGGAAAUGCUGAAACUUCUCAUUGAAUUUGGUGCAAAUGUGAAUGCCGAAGAUAGUGAAAAAUGGACACCAUUGCACGCAGCCGCCACUUGCGGGCACCUUCAUCUUGUCCGAUAUUUAAUUGCUAAAGGUGCAAAUCUUUUGGCUGUUAAUGCCGAUGGAAAUAUGCCGUACGAUAUUUGUGAGGAUGAGAAAACGUUAGAUUGCAUAGAAGGCGAAAUGGCGAGAAGAGGAGUGACACAGGAACUUAUUGACGACACAAGGGCUUCGAUAGAAGUUCAGAUGCUUCGUGAUUUACAAAAACUCGCGUCCAUGGGAAACGAUUUGGAAUAUAAAGAUCAUCAAGGUGCUACGCCUCUUCAUAUAGCCUCAGCUAAUGGUUACUUGCGAGUAGUUGAAUUUCUGCUUGAUCAACACGUUUCCACAGACAUUGAGGAUAACGACAAAUGGCAACCAGUUCACGCUGCGGCCUGUUGGGGACAUUUAGAAGUUUUAGAAUUGUUAGUACAGAAUGGAGCUGAUCUCAAUGCGAAGAAUAAACACGACGAAACACCCGCGGAUAUCUGCGAGGAUCUUGAAAUUAGGGAACGAAUUAUGGAAUUGAAGACGGAACAGGAGAGUAAACGUCUUCGCGAGGCUCAAGGUAGAAGGAUACGCAGAUCGCAGAGUAUAAACACCAGGACGCAGAGCGUUCGGAGAACGUCUAUAAGAGACAAGGUCUUGACGACGAAAAAAGACGCCCAAGAGGAGGCACGACUGCGAAUUCAAGCUCAGCAGACGUACGUAUCGAUGGCGGCACCAGGGACAAAUGCACCAGCGACGGAAAGUAAUGGUGAAACGAGGGAAGUUCCAGACGAUGACACCGAUUCGUCAGUUGUUGCGUCAAACGUUCGCAAAGGACCAGAGGGAAAAGACAACGAUUCCUUUUUACAUGAGGAUGUCGAUAAAGACUCAGUCGCAGGGCCUGACCCGCCUGUCGGUAGCCAGCAGCCAAUUUAUACAACAGACAACGAUGCUAAUGGCAAGAUCAACAUACACGUGUCUGUAGUUUUCGUCAAGUCGUUGUCGGACCUGAAGAAACAAAGGGCCCAGAAUCGACAUUCAACUGGUAAUACACUCGAUGCAAAUGGUAAUGGAGUUUCCGUUCCAGUUUCCACCAUCUCCAAUCCUGACAUUAAAUCCGAUGACUUCCAGAGAUUCAGAGGUAACACCAGCGAGAUCCUCGGGGAUAAUAAUUCAGAAAAGAACUGCUGUCUUGUCAUGUAAGUCUUUUAGUAUUUAUAGUAAUUAUAAAUAAUAUGCUGUUCUUGCGAAUUCAGUGCAUGCUACUCGAAGUUCUGUACAGUUUUUUUUUAAUUUUUAAUUUUUACUCCGAGAAGUAUUGCUCUUUGCACCAAGACUCAAUGUUAAUCAUUCAUUCCAACUCAUUUAAGUCUGAAUAAUAGAAAAUAUUGGGAAGUAAUUGUGCGCUUUACAAAAAAAUGUAAUUCUUCGCUAAUUAAUUAUUUUCGAAAUCGUCUUUCGAAAAAAAUUCUAUGUAAUUGUCUUAAUCCACCAGUUAAAGAAAAUUGUCUUCGUCAAUAAUUCUAAAUUAUUUUCUAUUUUAAAAAAUAAAUUUCCAAUUUAUUUUCUACUUUUAAAAAUAAUCUAUUAAAAAUAGUUUAUUUUUAUCGAAAUUUUUCUAAAGAAAAUUUUGUUUCUUUUAGAAAUUAUAAAGAGAAAUUUUUAUUUGUUGUAUUUUUUUGUAAAAAAAAUACUGUUAGAAGAAAAACUUUUCGGAGUUGUAUAAAUUGAAGACAAAUAAGUUUAGAAUUGUAUCCAAUAGAAUUCUAAUAUCUAAUUGUAGAAAAUGAAACGAAAAAAAGUAUUAAACUGUGUUUUUCAAAAGAAAAAAAAAGGUUGUGAGGAAAAAGUACUUAAGUGCCAGCGCAAGUUUUCUAUAAUAUAUUUGUUAAAAUUAUAAAGAAAAGGUGGAUGCAAUUUUUUUUAUUAUUCUAAUAUAAUAAUGUGUGCGGUAUAAAUUGCUUGACGAGAGAAAAUCCACAUGAAUGACGCACAGAAAAAUGAAAAUAGGAUUUAAAUUAUUUAUAUUUUUUUUCUCGAAUGAAAAUAGUUCCCAGUUUGUAAAUAUUUAAUUUUAUUUUAUUUAUUCAUCAUCGUCAUUUAUAUCAUCACUUUCAUCGAUUUGUGUUCUAUAUAAUUUUUUUGCGUCUAGCAAAUCUACAUUUUGUAUAUUUCAUUUUAUCGAAAUAUUUGUCUCAAGAAUUUUAUUUAGAAAUUAUAAAUCUCGAAACUAUGAAAUAGUUUUAUUUGUUGAUAAAAAAGAAGAACUAGUAAAAAUUUACUACUUCUGUUUCGAACAUUAUUUUUGAAUCGCAAUAAGUAUAUUUUUAAAAAA